AUGGCCAAAGAGCUACGCAUUAAGGGCACAUUGUACCUCUUGCUCUUAGCCAUCACCAUGAAAUAUUAUUCCAAUGGAGCAAGAGUCGUCACUGACGAUGACACACUCCCACCUCUUCCACCGUCCGGAACAAUACAAAUCUACCCGGUCCUGGCACCCGUAGCUCACACGGCGCCAGUAGUGGGUGCCAUGCAGGCUGCGACCACUAGCACAAGUGAUCAACCCACACUGUCGUUCUUUAUGCAUGACAUAUUCGGUGGCUCAGCUCCAUCAGUAAGGGUGGUGAGCGGGAUCAUUCCCAGUAACCCUCAAGUCAAAGGAAUCCCUUUCUCCAAGAAACGCAGUGGCAUCGUCGAUGGCAAAGCACUCCCAAUUGUCACUCAAGGAGCAACCUCACAGAACCUCUUAUUAGGAACCGUAACCGUGAUCGAUGAUGAAAUGACCAAGGGGAAUGAAUUAGGAUCUUCCAUAAUCGGGAAAGCUCAGGGAUCUUAUCUGGCAAGUUCAAUGGAUGGCAGCAGACGUACCAGAGCUGUCUUGGGCAUGAUCCAUGAUGAAGAUGAUCACAAUAAAGACGACGCCAUCAGUUUCUUUGGGGUGAACCGUACAGCUGCAGUAAAGUAUCCGAUAGCUAUAGUCGGUGAAACAGGAAAAUAUGGAUAUGCACAAGGGUUUGCCGUUGUUGAGACCCUUCACCACACGAAUCAGUAG